AACAAAUUCUCAAAGUCAUGCACAAUCUUUGAUUCGAAAAAAAAAAACAGUAUGGAACUAUCAUUAGCAUUAACAUCAACAGACCAUAAUCCAUCGCCUUCAGAGGCACAUCCAGACACUAUGGACUUUCUGUCUCGAGAAUGGUGUAAUUUCGCUGUUCAAUCACUUCAUCCCGACCCUAUCCUCUGCGAUCGCUCCAUUGUUCCCAUCGAGACAUCUAUCGCCAAGUUUCAAGGCGACUCGAGUCCUGUUUCUUGUGCUAUGAUGGAUAAAAGUAUGAAGAUGGACGAUCCAGAUUUUAAGCCCUCGAUGCCUUCGUGGAAAACCAAUGAUGUCAAGUCAUGGAUAUGGAUGCAACAAGCAAUGCAUCCGGAAUUGAGCUACGAAGGCUUUUUCCGCAAGAAACUUAAACUUCCAUGGAAGAUUACGCCGUCGAUAAAGAAAUGGUGGAAAGAGAUAAAGGCGAAACGAAAGGAAGAAGUGAGGCUACAGAGAGCUGAAGUUCACGCUGCCGUUUCCUUGGCUGGUCUAGCGGCUGCUCUCGCCGCAGUAGCUUCCGAGAACGCCGGAAAAGAUGGUGGAAACGGUCAACCGAGCACGAGGGAGACUGCUGUGGCUUCUGCAGCGGCUGUGGUGGCGGCGCAGUGUGCGCAGAUGGCAGAGACAAUGGGAGCAAACAGAGAUCAGCUCAGCACAAUGAUUGGUUCCGCCAUGACCGGGACAAGUGUCAGUGAGAUACUCACUCUCACUGCCUCAGCUACAACUUCGUUGAGAGGUGCUGCGACGCUGAAAGCAAGAAGAGGUUGCAUGAUUAAUAGAUUGAAUGGCUCUGCGCCUGUGUUGCCUAUUGAAGACUCUUCUUAUUUGCCUCCUGAAUUCGACAAGAACAUAUCUGUUCUUGCUAAAGGAACCGAUCUCUUCGUCGAAACACCAGAUGGGGAUUUCAAGGCUAGGACAGUGUCUAUGGUCUUAAACAAAGAUGGAAAGGUGAUUCUCAAAAUGAAGAAACAUAACCUACUCAGGACUAAGAAAGAAAGUAUUGUGACGAAUGUUCAUGUGGAACUUUACAAAGAUUCAGAUAGCGAAGACAACAACAUAGAAGACACUUGUUAUCUCAUUGUCCUGAGAACAAAUAGGGGAGCUAUCAAGCUAGACAUGGCCGAUGAUUACAGUCGUUACAAGACAUGGGUCACAACGAUCCAACACAUGCUCACUCUCUCUUCUUCCUCCUUAAGUACAAAUUACGCUCUCACUUUCUACAACAAAAACUGAAAUCUUUCAUCGUCUUUUGUUUUUCUGUGUAAUUUUACUUUAUCCUCUCCUCUGUUUCUUAUGUCUCUCUCGCUUGAUCUUAUAAUAUAAUGCAUAAACAACU